GUGGGCUUUGAAGUGGAUGCAACUGGAACAAACUUCAUAGUCAGGUUUGAUAAGACCAACAUAUUAACUGAGGAUCAAAUAGAACAAGGACACCUGGUAAAUGAGUGUUUAGUGAAGAAAAAGAAAGAUAGUCAACACAUCAUACUUAGCUGUCCGGAUGGAAUAACUAUAACAGUUUAUAUUGAGCAUGGUAUGGGAAACCUCCUUCUGUCAGUACCUGAUAUCUACAAAACAAAGGACAGCAAUGGACUUUUUGGUACUUUUGAUGGUGAUUCACAAAAUGAUCUUCAACCUAGCCGGCACGAAGGUCCUUAUGGGACAGGUCCAAAUGGAACAUUAACUGCAUCUGAGCUGAAUACUUUUGGAUACUCCUGGAGGGUAUCUACCGGAAGAUUAUUUUACUAUACUCCUCCAAAGACAUUUGCUAACAUCAACUUAGUUCAGACAGUGCCAACACUCCUAAAUCAACUUGAAAGUGCUGCCAAUAUUAGCCAACUAGCGUUGGUCAAAUCUGGAUGCCAGAACGAUGAAAUCUGUAUUUAUGAUACGCUGGUUACUGGAAACCUUGUUCUUGGACAAACUACUAAACAAAUAAAUGAUGGUAAUCUACAGAUGCAGGAACAAUUAGAUAUGUUUCCUCCCUUCCUGAAUAUUUCCUACCUAGAGGUAUAUGUUGGUCGUACAUUCACACAGCAGUUGUUUGCAGAGGAUCGCAAUCAAGAUGAUGUUACUUUUAGUCUACUUAGUGUGCUUCCAAAUUCUUCUCUUACAAGAGGCGGAUUGUUCACAUGGACACCUUCAAGUUCAGAAAAAGUAAAUAUAACAUUUAUGGCAGAUGAUGGAACACUCCAAUCUUCAGUUACACCCAUUGUAAAGCUGUGCAAGUGUCUGGAAGAAACUCAGUGCAACUACAACCAGUUUCAACAAGAUUCUUAUGUGGGGGUUGACAAGUUUGCUAUAUCAUCAUGUGAUUGUCCUAUUGGAAGGUCAGGAGCCACAUGUGAAGAAGAUUUCAAUCCUUGUGUUGUGGAACCUUGCUUUCCCAAUGUUCUCUGCAAUGACACACUGGCGCCUUCACUUGGGUUUACCUGCGAUACAUGCCCCACUGGAUUGAUGGGUGAUGGUUUUAUAUGUCAAGAUCGCAGUGAACCAAUAGUUGCUUGUCCAGCUGCUGGUACUGUCAACGUAACACCAAAUGCUAACUUUAGUCGUAAAGUUGUUUGGAUACCUGAGUUUGCACUUGCCAAUGACUCUUUCGAUGGAAAAGUUGAGGCUUCAUGUUUUAUUUUGGAUGAGGGAGUGAAGAAGUCAAUAACUUCCAAUGACACCUUUGUAGUUGGAGAUACACAGGUGGACUGCACUGCUGUUGAUGCCGCUGGUAAUGUCGGUAGCUGUACCUUCACUGUUAGUGUUAAAGAUAAUGAGAGUCCAAAUGUCACAUGUCCAAUGAACAUAAAGGUCCUGCAUGAAAUGAGUCAAGGAAACGUCAGUUGGUCACCGAUGCCAAAAGCUACUGAUGUUGUUGAUGGUGUAAUUGAUCCAAUCAAUAUUACAUGUGUUAAUGGUAAAGGCAUAAUGGUGACGUCAGGCAGUCUAUUCGAUGUAGGAACCACAACAGUGACAUGCACAGCAGUUGACUCUUCGGAAAAUAUUGCAACUUGCUCCUUUGAGAUCUCUGUGAAUGAUAAUGAAGCUCCUAUAUUCACAUGUCCAACUGCUCUUUCCAUGAAUGUGAAUCAUGGAACAGCAGUGUCCACUGUCACUUGGUCACUAUCAGCCAGGGAUACUGUUGAUGGUGAUGUUACAACCUAUGUUGUAUGUAAAGACGAUAAAAUGGGUAAUACGGUGAUGUCAGGUGACACAUAUGCAGUAGGCUUAACAACAGUGACAUGCAAAGUUAAUGAUACUGCACUGAAUGAAGGAACAUGUCAGUUUAACAUAACUGUUAUAGAUAAUGAAGCUCCUAUAUUCACAUGUCCAACUGCUCUUUCCAUGAAUGUGAAUCAUGGAACAGCAGUGUCCACUGUCACUUGGUCACUAUCAGCCAGUGAUACUGUUGAUGGUGAUGUUACAACCUAUGUUGUAUGUAAAGACGAUAAAAUGGGUAAUACGGUGAUGUCAGGUGACGCAUAUGCAGUAGGCUUAACAACAGUGACAUGCAAAGUUAAUGAUACUGCACUGAAUGAAGGAACAUGUCAGUUUAACAUAACUGUUAUAGAUAAUGAAGCUCCUAUAUUCACAUGUCCAACUGCUCUUUCCAUGAAUGUGAAUCAUGGAACAGCAGUGUCCACUGUCACUUGGUCACUAUCAGCCAGUGAUACUGUUGAUGGUGAUGUUACAACCUAUGUUGUAUGUAAAGACGAUAAAAUGGGUAAUACGGUGAUGUCAGGUGACGCAUAUGCAGUAGGCUUAACAACAGUGACAUGCAGAGUUAAUGAUACUUCACUGAAUGAAGGAACAUGCCCAUUUAGCAUCACUGUUAUAGAUAAUGAAGCUCCUACAUUCACAUGUCCAACUGCUCUUUCCAUGAAUGUGAAUCAUGGAACAGCAGUGUCCACUGUCACUUGGUCACUAUCAGCCAGUGAUACUGUUGAUGGUGAUGUUACAACCUAUGUUGUAUGUAAAGACGAUAAAAUGGGUAAUACGGUGAUGUCAGGUGACACAUAUGCAGUAGGCUUAACAACAGUGACAUGCAAAGUUAAUGAUACUGCACUGAAUGAAGGAACAUGCACAUUUAACAUAACUGUUAUAGAUAAUGAAGCUCCUAUAUUCACAUGUCCAACUGCUCUUUCCAUGAAUGUGAAUCAUGGAACAGCAGUGUCCACUGUCACUUGGUCACUAUCAGCCAGUGAUACUGUUGAUGGUGAUGUUACAACCUAUGUUGUAUGUAAAGACGAUAAAAUGGGUAAUACGGUGAUGUCAGGUGACGCAUAUGCAGUAGGCUUAACAACAGUGACAUGCAGAGUUAAUGAUACUUCACUGAAUGAAGGAACAUGCCCAUUUAGCAUCACUGUUAUAGAUAAUGAAGCUCCUACAUUCACAUGUCCAACUGCUCUUUCCAUGAAUGUGAAUCAUGGAACAGCAGUGUCCACUGUCACUUGGUCACUAUCAGCCAGGGAUACUGUUGAUGGUGAUGUUACAACCUAUGUUGUAUGUAAAGACGAUAAAAUGGGUAAUACGGUGAUGUCAGGUGACACAUAUGCAGUAGGCUUAACAACAGUGACAUGCAAAGUUAAUGAUACUGCACUGAAUGAAGGAACAUGUCAGUUUAACAUAAAUGUUAUAGAUAAUGAAGCUCCUAUAUUCACAUGUCCAACUGCUCUUUCCAUGAAUGUGAAUCAUGGAACAGCAGUGUCCACUGUCACUUGGUCACUAUCAGCCAGUGAUACUGUUGAUGGUGAUGUUACAACCUAUGUUGUAUGUAAAGACGAUAAAAUGGGUAAUACGGUGAUGUCAGGUGACACAUAUGCAGUAGGCUUAACAACAGUGACAUGCAGAGUUAAUGAUACUUCACUGAAUGAAGGAACAUGCCCAUUUAGCAUCACUGUUAUAGAUAAUGAAGCUCCUACAUUCACAUGUCCAACUGCUCUUUCCAUGAAUGUGGAUCAUGGAACAGCAGUGUCCACUGUCACUUGGUCACUAUCAGCCAGUGAUACUGUUGAUGGUGAUGUUACAACCUAUGUUGUAUGUAAAGACGAUAAAAUGGGUAAUACGGUGAUGUCAGGUGACACAUAUGCAGUAGGCUUAACAACAGUGACAUGCAAAGUUAAUGAUACUGCACUGAAUGAAGGAACAUGCACAUUUAACAUAACUGUUAUAGACAAUGUCAGCCCUGUGAUAAACUGCUUAUCGGAUGUUGUGUACACUGACUUUGAGCCACAAACAAGAGACAUCUUUCCAACAGCUGUUGAUGUUGUUGAUGGUGUAAUUGAUCCAAUCGAUAUUAUAUGUGUUAAUGGUGAAGGCAUAGUGGUGACGUCAGGCAGUCUAUUCAAUGUAGGAACCACAACAGUGACAUGCACAGCAGUUGACUCUUCGGAAAAUAAUGCAACUUGUUCCUUUGGAAUCGAUGUACUUCGAACAUCAAAGUUUACCUUAACCAUCCAAGUUAUACAAGUAAAUCAAGAAGAUGUUGUUUUUGAUGAAUCGUUAAACAACAUGGAAUCUGCAAAAUCAGUCGAACUUAUCUCUGUCAUUAUACAAGUGAUGAAUCAAACACUGUCAAGAAGUACAACUACAGGCAACGACUUGAUCCGCAUUAGUGUAGUGGUCUUUAAAAGAGGCUCUGUCAUUGCGACUGUACUGCUAGAAUACUCUGAAGGGUCUACAGUAACUCCCUCUGAUGUGCAACACGUACUAGAAGAUGAUACCAUUCCAGAUAAGGAACUUUCUGAUGGAGUUGAUGUCAUCUUAGUAGAACCCAAAUCUGUAGUGGUUGACCAAAAUGUUACCGGUACUGUUGAUAGCUGUCCAAUCCCGUACUGCUCCAAUGGUGGUACAUGCAAAAGACUGGGAAUAUUUCCAGUUUUUGCAUAUUCCUGUAGUUGUCCUGAUGAAUAUAGUGGUGUUACUUGUGACCAAAAAAAUGAAAUUACAGAAGAAGGACUGAGUACAGGAGUGAUAAUCAUGAUCAUCCUCAUCGUGUUUGCGGUGAUAAUCCUGCUGAUGCUAUGUAUAUGUACAUGUCUUAUUGUGAGAUAUCAACAUGGCAAGAGAUUGAUUAGUGUAAGGGAAGAGAUUGAAAUGGAUCCAUACGCCCACCAUGAGUCUACAUUACCCCCUUACCUUGAGCAAAGAAGAAGAGAACGAUCCUCCAAGAAGCAAUCGUCAAGAAUGGUGGAAGUAUGAUGCGGUAUGGAAGUUCCUUGGUAUGAAAAAAGCACCCUUGCUGGCUGGUUGUGAAGAUACUGUGACUGGAAUCCUUUCAAUCUCAACUAACAUACAAUCUUCCUGUAGGUUGUUCCUAACCAUUCCAUUUGUAAAGCUAAACAUAUGCAAUCAUCAUUAUGUAAGAGUGUAUUGUUAUUAAUCAUUAUUGUUGGUUUUUUUCACGAGUAUACUUUCAUUACUUAGUUAAUAGUAUAUUUUGAUACAGUUAUGUUUUAAUACAGCUAUAUAUUUCUGAAGACUAUAUAUAUUUUUUAAAUACUACAAAGAGUGAAAACAACUGCAAUUCUGUACUAUGGAAUGUAGGUAUGUGUAUGCCCUAUGGUUGAGAGUAUACUUUCAUUACUAGUUAAUAGUUUUUUUGAUACUGUUAUGUUUUAAUACAGCUAUAUAUUUCUGAAGACUAUAUAUUUUUUAAAUACUACAAAGAGUGAAAACAACUGUAAUACUGUACUAUAGAAUGUAGGUAUGUGUAUGCCUUAUGGUUGAGAGUAUACUUUCAUUACUAGUUAGUAGUUUUUUUUUGAUACUGUUAUGUUUUAAUACAGCUAUAUAUUUCUGAAGACUAUAUAUUUUUUAAAUACUACAAAGAGUGAAAACAACUGUAAUACUGUACUAUAGAAUGUAGGUAUGUGUAUGCCUUAUGGUUGAGAGUAUACUUUCAUUACUAGUUAGUAGUUUUUUUUGAUACUGUUAUGUUUUAAUACAGCUAUAUAUUUCUGAAGACUAUAUAUUUUUUAAAUACUACAAAGAGUGAAAACAACUGUAAUACUGUACUAUAGAAUGUAGGUAUGUGUAUGCCCUAUGGUUGAGAAAUAUUUUAUAAACUUAAAACAAGUUUGUUUGGUUUGUGUUGUCAGAAGAACAGUAAAUAAUUUGUUGAAAGGUUAUAAUACAAGUAUAAGCAAAAUAAACGAUUGUGUGAGUAACAUUUUGCAGAUA